ACCUUACACAAAUAAGAAAAAGUCAAAUACACAACGCUUGUUAUAGACCAUCAUUUUAUUAACUCAGAAUAAUUUGAGAUACCGACUCGCGACGACCUUGUACCAUCUUUUCAUUUAUUUUUUUUCGGUUCUGUUGUUUCGGUGUCAUAUAUUUACAUCAUCGAAUUAAAUUAAAUUAGAGAGAAUAACAAAAAGAAACGAAAAUGUUCGUAAUAAUAAUAUCAUUUCUGCUCGUUGUGUUGUCUUUGCUGUACGACUAUGUAAAAAAUAAACGUAAAUUUGAUUUGAUUGAAAAGUUUCCUGGGCCUGUUGCACAGCCGAUUGUGGGAAAUGCUUUCAAUUACGCAGCCAAAUCAGCCGAAGAUGUGAUAAGCCUCAUACUCGAAUCACAUCAAACCUAUGGGUAUAGUUAUAGAACGAAAAUCUACAAUGAUGUGACCGUUUGGACAAGCGAUCUGAAAAUCAUCUCAACGGUGCUGGGCACCAGCACCAAAGUCCUUACCAAGAGUCCGUUGUACAAUUUUCUAAAGCCAUGGAUCGGUGAAGGGUUGUUAACUGGUACGGGCAAAAAAUGGCGGGCUGAACGUAAAGUAAUGGCACCGAUGUUCCAUUCGAAAUUCUUUGAAUAUUUUGUUGAUGUAUUCAGUCGACGUGGUGAGGCAUUAGUUGAGAAAUUAAAGUCGACUAAGGAUGGUGAUGCUGUGGAUGUAUUGGGUCUAAGUUACUUAACGGCUUUGGAUAGCAUCUGCGAAAUUAUGUGUGAUGAACGAAUAGAUGCCCUUAAUGAUUCAAGUAGCGAGUAUGUGAAAGCGAUGACUGAGGUCAUGGAUGUAUUAGGAUCACGUUUUUCAAGCUUUUGGACAAGAAAUGAGUUUUUGUAUAAUUUGUUGCCGUGGCCUGGAAAGGCCAAGUACAACAAAACACUCGAGGUCAUAAAUAGCUUUUCGAACAAAGUCAUCUUAAAGCGCCGCGACCAUUUGAUGAUGAAAAAAGCUGGAGAUUACAACAGCGACGGCGAAUCGGCUUCGAAAAUCGUAUUCGUUGAUUUGUUGUUGCAAGGUACCGUAGACGGUAAUUCGUUGGGAAACGAUGCCAUAUUGGAUCAAGUAAACACGUUAACGUUCAACGGACGAAACUCAUCUCCAGUUGCAAUUGCCUUUGUCUUAUAUGCACUGGGCCAACAUAAGGACAUUCAGGAAAAGGUGUUCAAAGAAAUUAAAAACGUUUUUGGAUCGGAUAAAAAUGAAUCCAUCACGAGUCAACAACUUCAAGAUCUUACAUACUUGGAUUGGGUUAUUAAGGAAACCAUGAGACUUUACCCACCGAUUCCUGCUAUUGCUCGUUAUAUUGAAGAAGAUAUUUGCUUGGACGACGGUCGUAUUAUUCCUGCGGAUUCUAGUCUAGCCCUAACACUUUUUGUCGCCUUUCGCAAUCCAUCCAUAUUUCCCGAACCAAAUGAAUUUAUUCCGGACCGCUUCGAUCCAAAUGGAGGUGUAUCGUCGACAAUUGAUCCGAUGGCCUUUAUUCCAUUUUCUUCUGGACCUAGGAAUUGCAUUGGUCAGAAGUACGCUUUGCUGUUGAUCAAAACCAUUGUGGUUCAAGUGCUUCGAAACUAUGAAAUCAUUCCGAAAGGCGUAGCUCCAGUCAUAUUUCCGCAAAUCGUUUUACGUUCAAAGAAUGGAGUGGAAGUUGGUUUGAAGAGUCGUGUUUAUUAAAGUCCUCAAUUGUGUUCGCUCGUUUUAUAGUGGCAUGCAUUUUAAUGGUGUAAAAUAGGUGUAGAAUUUGGAAGUAAAAUCAAAUUUCGAUA